AUCAGUUGCGCUGACCCUGGUCUUUACAGUGCAAACGAGAUGUAACCACUUUUUUCCAAGCAGCAAGUUAAAUAAGCAGGUUUGAUGCAACACUCGUGCCUGUGAAGAGGGAGAAGCUACAAACUGGUAAGUCAUUGAACACAACUGUUACUGUUAAUCUCUUUCAAAUGCCGACCCUUCCCCGAAAGUGUUGCAAUUUAAGUGUUUUACUUACCAAUACAUCGUGGUGUGUGAGACCAUGAGCCGUUCAGGCACAAGCUGGUGGCCCACCAACCCUCCACUGCUGGUUUCCACCCGUCGUUGCAAGCAUAUGCGAGGCUGCUUCCAUGCAAAUAGGUUUCCUGUUCAGGCACUAGAAAACCUCCAUCCGUUUGGGGAGCAGAGCAGGACUCUGCCGCACUUUGGGCUGAAAGAGUCACAAAAGAAAGACAAGAGGCUGCACUCACUUCUAUUGUUUACAAGCUAUCAAAAAUGGAGUUGACUUACCACGAAGAGCCGCGGGACACCACAUUAGGAUAAACACAAGACACCUGAGAGACAUUUUGUCAGGAAUUGUAAUAUUCUCUGACAAAACUGAACAAAUCCUCUCAAUCAGAUCAGAACUAGUUAAUAAUUGUUAAGUACCCCCCCACACAAAAGCAAACACAGACAUCCAAUGCUUGGGACAGCAUGCUGUUUGCUCUGAAGAGCCUUGUUGCGAAGUGUAAAUAAGGUCAUCUUCAUACAGUCAAACUGCACAUGUUGGAGUGGCCUAUUUCGACUCACUAACACAUUUUUAGACAGAUUUGUGAACAAUAUCUGCGACAUAGGAAAAGUUUUACAUCUUUGAAUCCAGCUCAUGAAAGAUGGGAGCAAAAACAUUUUUGCGUUUAUAUUUUUGUUGUGUGGAUGUCAGGGAGACUGCCCUUGAGUGGUUUAGUUCUUACUUGUCAGGGAGAUGCCUUGAUGUGGGACUUGGGGCCUUCACAUCCACAUCCCCCCUUGACUGUGGAGUCCCCCAGGGAUCAAUUCUGUGGCCCAUCCUAUUUGCUCUAUCCCACUUAUUACAAUAUUUAGAAACCAUCGCAUCUCCUAUCACCUUUAUGCAGAUGACUGCCAGAUUUACUUACCUCUUACUAAUGACCAUGUCCCCCUGACACCCCUUCUCGAGUGCUUAAGUGACGUCAAGGUCUGGCUGGCUCAACAUUUUUUAAAAAUCAAUGAGGGGAAGACAGACGUUAUCCUCCUGAAUAACAGUGACGCCCUCAUGGACUUGGGCCCCCACAAGAACCAUGUCUGUCCCACGGCCACCAGCCUUGGCGUCAUAAUAGACAGUGAUUUUAAACUUAAUAAACAAAUCAACACCGUUCUAAUAUGCCGUUUUUAUCCAAAAUGGACUGGUUAAGGUUAGAAAAGGCUCAAGAGAUCAAGUCAGCAAUAGUAUGUAAGAGGAAAUCUGACUCAUUUACAUCCUCAUGCGUCUGGUGUAUAGUUUUUUCUAGUACUGUCAAGAGAUUUAAAAGAUGGAAAACAGAUAAUUAUAAUCUGUAAUUAAUUGGUCUAAUUAAUCAUCCUUUUUAAUCUCACCUAAAAAUUGCUGAGAAAAGCCCUCACCUCUAGGUAUUUUGCACUUGAACAAAUACAGUGCUAGCUAUUUACAUCCCGUUGUAUCUGAGGCUAGUCCCAAGUGCUGCCUGCAACCUUCGAGUUUAGUUUAGCAAAGAGCCUUGCUUUGGCUCACUAAAUUGCUAACGUCUUCGCUGCUAACGUUGGCUGCACUCACGACUGGGUGCUUUGCGUUGAUGUGGUAGGCUAAACUUGAGCUGCUUAAGUGGUAAGCAAACUCCUUACCAAGAAGGCAUAUCACUCAAAUGGUGCCUUUGGGGCAGUUUUGAAAUGUCAAUUUUCCAUUCAUUGGACUGACAACUCCUUAUUUUCACAUUUUCUCCUUGCUACUCACCUUGCCCUCACAAACACAAUGACAGCCAAUCAAUGCACACUUCAGGGUGUGACUGACCAUUGUUUUCCACCCCCAACAACUCAAGCACAAGAAGCCCAAGGCAUAAAAACGGAUGUUUAUGACAGGGCAACUUGCAUACAGAAACCGUCAAGUUAGAGAUUAAAAAUGAGAUGAACAAGAUUUAAAAAAAAAGCACUAAAUAUGACUGGAUAUUAAUUAACUGCAAUUAAUGCUAUAAUUUGACACCAGAAUGUAAGAGUGAAAAAACGGUCUGAAUGUUUUGUACCCAGUUAGCAGAAACACUUAAGAUCAAUUGGCCUAAUGGUAAAACGUCCAUCACAAUGUACAGUACAUGUGGUGUCUUUAGGGUUAAAUUACUUGUGGUGUUUCGACCUUGCUUGGAACCACUGCAACCUUGACCUUGAAAAGGAUAGUUGGCUCACAUGUUCAGGAUUUUCCCGGCUGUUCCAAAGCCAGCUCGCUUAUGUUGAAAUAACAAACACAACCCGGUUGACGGUUGCAAUAGAGCCAACAACAUAAUCAAAUGAUAAUAGUAAUAAUAAUUAAAUAGAUAAAAUGGUGUUGUAACAUGUUGCUCCUCUCAUGUAAGGCAAAGCACAACCAGAAUAUUAAAAAUAUCAUGAAAUAAAAAAGCUCUUAUAUGGGAUCUUACUAGAUUGAAGCGAGCAAGUGUAUAGUCUUAAUAAUCUUGAAAAACAAACACCCCUUUGAAGAAAAAAAUGGUAAUAAAUUGGAAAGCUAUCAUAAAUUUGGAAGAUGAGAGAUUGCAUCACAGUAAAUCACAGCAAUCCAGCAGGCAAAUGAGCACUAUCGUGACAGUGAGCGUUAUAGUGAUGACAUUCGAGCAGGGGUGGGCAAAAGUUUGCGGUCAAGGUUCACGUUUUCUUUUUAGAAAAGUGACAAGAUGGGACGGUCCACUGAAAAAUGAGCUCGCUAGCGUGACGUACAAUACUGUACCGUAAAAGUGAAAUUAGUCUCAGACCCCCUCAUUAAUGCUGUCAGCUCUUCAAGAGUGAAAUUGUGGCUGCAGGGUCCCCUCAUGUCUUCUUUAUUUUGUAUUUCUUUCUGACUGCUACAUCAAUGUCCGAGCUGUUUUAAUGUAUAUUAUUGUAAUAUCACCCGACCACUACCACAGACAUCGUCAUAUUCAUGUGACUAUAACCGACCUGACACUUAGAAUGACAUUUUUAUAUUCAUAUAAACUCCCAUGUUCGCCUGCCACCAGCAAGAACUGAAAGAAUUACAAUACAAUUUUCAACCACACCCCUAAAAUGAAGUCGUAGUGGAGAACGGGGUUAGUUGUCACGUUUUACUCUCGUGUGCAAGACCCAAAGUAUUUUUCCUCAAAAGCAGGGAGGCCCAAAGUCAAAGUGCGGCCCAGGGGCCAUGUGUGGCCUGCGGCACAUUCAAAAAAUAAUGUAUACCGACGUGAAAUGAAAUGUUCAAAUAAAUCCAAUCAAAUAUUAAUAAACAGAAUAUUUCUUGGAGCAUAGAAAACCUGUUUAUGACUUGCUACAUACGUUUUUUGCCAUUAUUAGAGCCCUGAAGACAUGAAAUAACACCCCUUUAGUCACCUUUACACUCCUAUCAUUCUUUGUUUACACCACAUUGUCAGGCUACGGGAUCACUGCAGGGACAUAAGAGACUUUAAGAAUAGCAUGAUAGCGAAUUAACUAGUUAACGUCCAAUUUAUUUAAUCUAAACUUAAGAAAGCGUUUCAAACGGAGUGGGGAAGAAGGACGAAGAAGAAGCCAAAAACUUACCACCUCCACACGCAAUAGAAGGAGAACCUUUUUUCAAUCUAUCAUGUCGGACAUGCCACGGCUGACUCCAUGCAGUGUUAAGGUAAUGUAAUCUAAGCUAAAGUAUUAUGUAUUUACUCUUCAUGCUCUGGGAUUGGUCAGUCACACACAGCGACCGCCCCCCUCCUAGACAGACUUGCUACAGCCAACUUGCUUCGUUACGUACGUGAUGCAUUUGGCAAGACAGAGCUGUAAACUGCAUGUGUUGCGUCGGUCACUGCCUGUGUUUUGGUUGGUUUUUUUUUCGUCUUCUUCUAAUUUGGCUGGUGAUAUAAAGUCAGUUAGAAAACUUUGCUUGUAGUACUGAACGCGGUGCCUUCGAGAAAACUACAGUGAACAAGACUGACAGAUUAUUUUCCUGUUUGCCAACACUAGAUGUUUGCAUGAAUCACCAACUUCACACAGAUCCAUCCAUCCAUUUUGUUCUCCUCAUUACAGUCACGGGGGUAUGCUGGAGCCUAUCCCAGCUGACUUCGGGCAACAGGCGGGGUAGCCAAUUGCAGGGCACAUAUAGACAAACAACCUUUCACACUCACAUUCAUAACUAUGGACAAUUUAGAGUCACCCAUUAUCCUAACAUGCAUCUUUUCGGAAUGUGGGAGGAAACCAGAGUACCUGGAGAAAACCUACACACGGGGGAGAACAUGCAAACUCCACACAGAAAUGCUCAACGGAGAUUCGAACCCAGGUCUUCCCGAUCUCCUGUGACUGUGUGGCCAACAUGCUAACCACUACGCCACCGUGCGGUCCCUUAAAAAAACAAACAACAAAAAAAACAACCCCCCAAAAAAACAGCUGAAAUGAAAAAAAAAGUUGCAAUUUUACGAGAAUAAACUAAUAUUAUGAAGAUUUUUUUUUAACAAUAUAAGAGAGAAACAAAAUAAAAUAAAAGGUGUAAUUUUGGGAGAAAAAAAUUCAAGGGAAAAGUAAUAUUAUAGGAAUAAAUUCAAAAUAUUACGAGAAGAAAAUUUACAAGAAGAAACCAGCAAAGGCUGUGGGCGGGUCAUUCUGCCAGGAUGACUAGUCCAUACAUGAUUACACGAUUCCUGCUUGCAGUGGCUAUGUAGUUAUGGAAGCUUGGGAGACCGGAAGAAAUGCCACGGACAGGAAGUAACAUCAGUAUCACGUCACCAUGCGCAUACUUGCCGCGAAAGUCUAACACAAUGAAGUCCAUAUCGAAGCUUCUGAGAGAAGCGGCAAACAGGCUGGAUGAACUGGACACUUCGUCGCCAAGACAGUCAGUUGCGGCUCCGAGAGAUCCAGUUGAUGGUAAGUAGUUUUCAUUUCCUUUGACAAUCCAGACAGUGAACUGCGAGCGGGGCUUUUUUCUAACAUACCGUAAAUUGAUGUGAUUACAGCUGAAAUGUUUCCUUGUUUGGAAACACGUGCAUGAAGAAAACAAAGUUUGUGUGGCGUGAUCUACGAGAUACGCCCAAAUAUAGAUUUUAUCGUGAUAAACUUUGUUGAAGCGACAACUCAGAAUAAGAACUGUUUUGCACUCCAGUGCUAAUGUAUAUAUUUACAUAAUUGCAAUGAGGAAUGGAGUGAAAUGAACCAUCAUUAUCCCCACACAGGGAAAUUUGCAAAGCAGCAAAGGGGAAUAGCAGAAAUAGAGCACUCAAUGGAAUUUUUUUUUUAUAAAAAGGUCAAUGCAGGCUAUAACAUGUACGUACAAUAUAAGAAAAAUUAAAAAAGAACUAUUUACACGGUAAUUGUACGUUGAUAUUUUACAUUGGAGAAUUGCAUUGUUCACAAUAGUGAGUUUAAUCGUCAUGUUGACUGAGUGAAAAACUGCACAAAACCAUGAACAGUUUCUCUGCUCUGCCUCAAAUUGAGACAUUCUAAUGUUUCUUUAAAAAGCGUAUACCACUAGAAUCCUGUCGUAAAACUUUUUUUCCUUUUUUUCUCAUAGCUGAGGUGACGAGCCUCUUCCUGCCGUAUCGGAGCACAUCAAAGUCUCUGACCCCACGUCACAGGCCAAUACCUCGGAACUUUGAGGACAGAGGAAUUGUUGCUCCAUCAUACUCAAACACCUUCUGCUGUCCGCCACCAUGGCCCCAAAUCGCUACCAGAAGCUGGAGCUGGUGAAUGCAGGUUUGGGUGAGAAAAGAAUUGCUUUUCAAUGUAAGUCUAUGCUGAGGUCAAUGUUAAUGCAUACAUAACACACUGCAAUUUUGUUGGUCACGGGAGCAGCAGUUUGUGAUGAGGCAGGGAGCAGAAUUCUGGACAUAUUGUAGCUUAUUGUCAGUUUAAGCUGUUAUUCAUGUGUUGGGUGGUGGAAUGCCUGAAAUGGCCUCCAUUGAUGUUAAAGACUGUUGCAUACAGAUGUCAGGGAGACAGUUGAACAGCUGAAAGUGUCCACUGAGCUGACAGCAGAUCAGAAGAGGUCCUUGCAAACACUGGCAGUUAGAUGGGAUCUUCCAGGCGUCACAGAAGAAAACGGGAGAUGGCUGACUGAAAAGAUAAUUGUUCAUGCUGUAAAUAAUAUUUUUUUUUCCUACUUCCUCGUUUAUUGUUUUGGCCAUUGUAUUUUUCCGUAACUUUUCAGUAGCUUUUACAAUAAUGUAUAAGCAAUUUCCGAAAGCUGUUUUGUAAUGACCCGUAAAUAAGUUCACCCCCAAAAUUAAUAAAUAAAUAAAAGAUUCCACAUAGAAAUAGUAAUGCGCAUGUGAAGUCAAACAUAAAAGUUAUGAAGUGGUACAAACAUGUCUGAUAAUAAUUGGUGUUUCUUUUAAUACAUAUUUCCAGGUCACAAAGUCAAAUCAAACGGCUACAAAAAGGACUGAAAGAAACUUAUGUUUUGGAUCUAAUGAUCUUAUCUAACGGAUCUUACGGUGCCCACGCUUGGGGCCGGUAACACGUACCUAGGAAAUGCCAAACAGGAAAAGAAUUACGUGUGACCGCGAUUACGAUUACGAUUACAACCACGGAAAGACUGACAGACCGGAGACAGAUCAAGUGCACACACAUACUUGCCAGUGUAGAAAUUUACUGAAUGAAACUGUGUGACUGGCCUCUAAUAUUUAGUGUGAGCUGGGCUCUACCCAUAGCUAGUGCUAACGUCGGUCGUGACUGCUAAUUAGUGUAUUGUGAAUGCCUAAUAUGUGAAUCAGAGUCAUUGUGUAGCUUUUGUUCUGUCCCUCUUAAAACUUGUGUACGAAGCUGACCGAUAACAUGACAGGAUCGUAUUUUACACUGGGGAUAAUGAGGCAUUUACCUACUCAAGACUGCGCCACACAGCUUCAUCCAUAUCUGCAUUCGUCAGCGCAGAUAUUUCUUCAAGACGUUCCAUGACAUCUUCCACCAACCUUAAAAUAUGAUUCCGUUGGAAAAUUUUCCUCCGCAUACCGAGCAACUGCUAAUAAUUCUCGUUGAACACCUCUUUUCAAAUCGUCCCCUUCCGCCAUAUUUAAAUUUCCCCGUUUACUUUUGCUAAACGUAAAGAGAAAGCUUUACUGAUAUACUCUUUAUACAUUACAUCCACUAUGCCAGAACCAGAUGUUACCAAAAAAAAAAACCCUUACAAUUAUGGUGGCGACACAACAUAUCACAUUUCAGCAUAUACAUUUUAUUUUGUAUUUUAUCAGUGUUAAAAACAUUUAGUCAAAGAUUAAACUGAGAUUAAAAAAUGUCUUCAGAAACGUACACAGUUCCUGAGGGAGAUAUCUGAAAGCUGAUGGUGUCAGCCUUUUUUGUGCCAUCACAACUGGUAUUUAUUUUUAUUUAAAAAACCCAUGGCCUCAGCCUGAGAAGAAAUUAAACAGAGCAUCACACUUGUUUCAUAAGAGGCUUUAUUGACGAUCUAUUUAAUGCCUUAGAACAAUCUUUUCCAUAUUUGUCUCUGCUCUAUGAGGACAUCAAAAGGAAAUUUUAAUUAAACGGGUCUGGGUUAGGACCUCAUCAAAAGGGAUGUGCCAAAGAGAGCAGAAGUUGCUUUCUCAAGAAUGAAAUCCUUUUGUCUCAGCUCCAGAGAGUUUUGGCUCCAUCUGCUUUUAGCAUGUAUGUACAUCAGGCCGCAAACACCCCAAAAUAGAUAUUACAAAAUAUGCAACACAAAUGUAUCUCACCUCAAACUCAGUGGAAAGUGUGUUAAAUGAGUCACGGUAUUCCUCUUCACUGAAAGUUGGUGCUACAAUGUCUCACGGUAUGCCACCUGCUUGACCUGAUAUAAAUGCAGAUUUGUUGUAAUUUUGACUACGUGAGUACAUUAUAAAACAGAACAAAACCCUCAUCAAUCUCAUUUCUGUGGAAAAACUAAAUUGGCAUUACAAGUGCUCAGGAAAGGAAUCCGCUUGGGGUGGUGAUCCAUCAUUCCUUCUUGCUAGGACAUGUCAUGUUGGACGAUGGGAUGGCGGACGGCCAGCUCACCACGGAUAGAGAUGGCAGAGCGGACAAAGAGGGGCGAAUAUUCAUGAGGAUUUCUGGGUUUUGGACGUUGCGAUCUGAGUUUAAAACCUGAGGUGAGAUUUGUGCUUCACCAUGUAUCUGGAGGACAGAGACAAGAGAAGACGUUUGAGAGAUUGUGUCUUCAGGUUACUAUUUAUAUAUAUGAAUAGAGUUUUAUGUAACAAUGUAAAGUAGGUGGAGGUGGAUGUGUUGUAGUGUAAGUAAAUAGUUAACAGGAGGCACUCAUCACUUUGUGAUUAUGGGAAUGGAACGAUCAAAGUGGGUAACAAAAAUAGAUAAGUUGAUGCAAAGGAUUGAUACCUGUCAAGGGUUUCCCAAAAGCGUAGGAAGACAGGCCGGUCCAGAUGACGCCUGUGGCGGCUCAGCUCCAAGACGGUCACGUCCCACUUUUGCACGUUGGGGUCGGUCUUGGCCUCGUCAUACUUCAAAUGAAAGGCUCGAACUGGGAGGAAAACACAAAACACGUUCAUGUACAGACUGAGGAUGGACAGUUUCUACGUUUUCCUGUUAGGCUUUAUCACUUACUCUUGGCAAAUAUGUCGACAGGAGAGCCAUCAGGCAGCAGCCAUGGCCAGCCCUUGAAUUGCCAUGCAGGACCUUGCACAAACACAGCCACCACUCGGUCCCUGUAGUGGAGGAAAAGGAGUUUUCCCAAGCUGGCCAACAAAGAGCCACUGGAGGUCUUACAGCAGGGGCGCCAAAAUGUGGCCUGGGGCCCAUUUGCAGCCUGCAACUGUUGUUUUAAAACAGCCCUCGACACAUUUAAAAAAUACAAAUAAAACUAACAAAAACAACAAGAAAAAUGAAAAAGGAGCAAUAAUUGUAAAAGAAUAAAGUCGAAAUAUUACAAUAAAGUCACUAUUAAUAUAGAUAUGAAAAGACUUUGAGGAUAUAAUAACUGAGGGAAAUGUUUUUUUUUAUAACAAAAUGUAACAUUAAAGAGAAAACUAUAAGUAUAAAGUCACAAUAUAAAAAAAAUUACAAAACAAAAAUAUUUGUAAAAUUGUUAGGUCCAUAUAUACUUGGACGCUGACAAAAGUGUUGUAUUUUUCCCUGUGUAAUGAAACCUAUUUCAAUUAUAGUUACACGAUGGACAUUGACAUAAAGUGCAGACUCUCAGCUUUCUUUUUAGCGUAUUCACAUUCAAAUUGGAUGAAGAGUUUUGGAGUUUCAGCUCCUUAACAUGUGCCACCCCAUUUUAAAAGGGGACCAAAGUAAUUGGCCAAUUGACUCAAACGCCGUUUCAUGGGCGGGUGGAGGCAGUUUCUUUAUUUCACUACCAAUUACACAUACUGUAUAAAAGGCCUGAAGUCGAUUUGAGGUACAGCUUGUAUUUGGAAGAUUUUGCUCCUGAAGACAACAUGCAGUCAAAUGAGCUCACCAUGCAGGUGAAACAAGCCAUCCUUAAGCUGCAAAAACAGAAAAAACCCAUCUGCAAAAUUGCUCCAAUAUUAGGAGUGGCAGAAUUUACAGUCUGGUACAUCCUGAGAAAGAAAGCAAGCAUUGGUGAACUUGGCAGCGCAAAAAGACUUAAAAGUCCAGGGAAGAAAACAGUGGUGGAUGAUUGCUGAAUCAUUUCCAUGGUGAAGAACAGCCAACCAAGUUGGAAACACUCCAGAAAGUGGCCUUGUCAUUGUCCAAGUCUACCAUAAAGAUAAAACUGCAUGAGAGUACAUACAGAUGGUCACUGCACGGUGCACGCCACUCAUAAACCUGAAGAAUAGAACGGCCAGGUUGGACCUCGCUAAAAAAACAAAAAAACAUCUAAAAACGCCAGCACAGUUCUUUGGACAGAUGAACCCAAGAUCAACUUCUACCAGAAUGAUGGCAAGAAAAAGUAUUGAGAAAGCGUGGUAUAGCUCAUCAUCCACAGCAUACCACCUCUUGUGUAAAACAUGGAGGAGGCAGUGUGAUGCUUGGGCAUGCUUAGCUGCCCGUUGUACUGGGUCAGUGGUGUUUACUGAUGAUGUGACAUAGGACACAACCAGCUGGACAACCACUUGAAGCAACCCAGGACUUUAUAAAAGCAGGGAAGUAGAAUAUUCUGGAAUGGCCAAGUCAGCCACCUGAUCUCAACCCAAUUGAGCAAACAUUUAACCUGUAAAGAACUUCAGAAAGGCCCACCAAUAAACAACUGCAAGCCGCUGCUCUACAGGACUGGCAGAGCACUAAAGAGGAGAAAACUCAGCAUCUGCUGAUGUCCACGUGUUCAAGACUUCAGGCAGUCAUUGCCAGCAAAGGAUUUUCAACCAAGUAUUAGCAAUGAACAUUUUACUUUCAGUUAUUGAAUUUGUCCAAUUACUUUUGAGCCCCUAAAAUGAAGGGGUUGUGUUGAAAAAAUGCUUUAGAUCAUCACAUCACAUUUUUAUGCAAUAUUUUUGUUCCACCCACUCACUGAAUUAAAGCUGAAAGUCUGCAAUUUAAUCACAUUUCAAUUCAAUGUGGUAGUGUACAGAACCAAAACUAGACAAAACGCUGUCUCUGUCCAAAUAUACUCUAUCAAAAUUUUAAGACCAGUUAUAAAAUUGGAGGAAUUUAGAUUUUGCACUGUUGGAUCUUAAGGAGGUCCUAAGUAGGGCUUCAAAUGCAAAUAGAAAAAAUGGGAGCGAGACAAACAUUUUUGAGUCCGCAAUUUACUGCAAACAAAAAUUUAAGUGAAAUAGUUUGUUCACCAGCUGAUCAAAAGUUUAAGACCACAGCCUUUAAAAAGCCAAAAUCUUGGCAAAAAUGUGGGUUCAAUGUAGAGCUGCAAUAAUUAAUCGAUGGUUAACUAUUUUGGUAAUCGAUUAAUUGCUUUUUUAAUUUAAAUAUGUAAAUAUCCUCUGAUUUCAGCCUCUCAAAUUUUUUGUUAUUUCCUUCGUCACCUAUGAAAGCAGACCUGUUAUCUUUGUGUUUUAGCCAAAACAAGAUAUUCACAAAUAUCAGCUUUGACUUUAGAAAACACUGAUGGACAUUUUUGCCCCUUUUCUGACAUGUUUGCGGACCCAACCACUAACUGUAGGUGUUUGUCCAUCCAUCCAUUUUCUUCCGCUUAUCGGGGUCCGAGGGCAGCAGUCUCAGUAGGGAAGCCCAGACUUCCCGGUCUCCGGCCACCUCCUCCAGCAGGACACCAAGGUGUUCCCAGGCCAGCUGUGAGACAUAAUCCUGCCAUUGUGUCCUAUGUCUGCCCCGGGGCCUUCUCACCAGGGAGGCGUCUGGGAGGCAUCUGCACAUGCCCAAGAGGCAUCUAGAUCCCAGAGGAAUAACCUCAUUCUUUUGGAUCAUCCUGCAUUGUUCCCCCGAUUUAGAUCCAACUGAGAACAUUUGGGGAUGGACGCCAAAAGAAGUUUGAGCUGUGGUCUUAAGCUUUUGAUGAGCUGAUGAACAGCCUGUUUCAGUUUAAUGGCUGUUUGUAAUAAAUUGCUUACUCAAAACAUUUUUUGUCCCACUCCCAUUUAUUCUUCUUACGUUUUGAAGAUCUACUUAAACUUCCUUAAGAUCCAACAGUGCAAAAUGAAAAUUCCUGCAAUUUUUCAACUGGUCUUAAAAUUUUGAUCAGUAGCGUAUUUAUGGACCUAACUGUAGAUUUUACCAUAUGUGACCCCGCUGGGAAAGGUUUGGACACCCCUGUCUUAGAGCUUCCAUUAAGAGGCUAAUGAGGUCUGCUUUAUCAUUAGUUUUGUUUUUAAACUCUACCUUUAAACUUAUAUUAUCUCACAAAAGUGAGUAGACCCCUAUUUGAAGAAAUUUUUAUGUAGAGCAACGAUAAUUUUUUUCCCACAUCUCCAGAGAGUUCUUCGUAGGGAUGUCCCGAUCCUAUUUUUUGCUUUUGAUCUGAUUUUUUUUUUUUUUUAUAGUCUUGCCUAUCCGAUCCUUUGUUUUUUUAAAUGUUAUUUAAUAAUAAGCUUUUGUUACAAACAUGAAUUUGUGGAAUUGAAUAUGGUUAUGAAAAUGGCUCUACCCAAGUAUGGCUGAAUUUACUUUACUACACACCGUGACCAACGGUGUUUGGCUUUUUAAACAAACUUCUGUGAGUCAGGUCCCUUAUUCAAUAAAAGAUCCAAUAAAAGAUCAUCCAAUAAAAGAUAAAACUGGAAAAAAUGGGCGUGCAAAAAUGCUUUUAGGGUAGGGCUAAUCAUUUGACAUGGUUAUAGAUCAAUUUGUGGUGUGAUUUUCAAUACAUUUUGUCCAGUAAUUGAGAAAUGGAUGUGGCUUAGCUUACUUUUCGAAUGGGAUGUCAGCCUUAGCACAUAUUGCUACAAAAUCUUCAACAAACUAAUGCCCAUGCUUGUGAUUAAGAAAGAUGUAGUCACAGAUGUAAUUCCAAUCGCGUUAUUAAUGUAAGAUACUUUAAUGACAGCCUUAUUUUGUUUACACAAUUACACAAAUGUGACUAAGAGCGCUCUUAUUUUGAAGGCCGGAAGUGUGUUGUGUGUGUUGAGAAUGGCAAUUGACGGUUGAUACGAGCAAGAAUCAACAUGCCUCUCGUCUUUUUUUACUCAAACCAUGUCGUCAGUGGGCAUUGUAAAAUUGUCCUUACAUUAUAAAAUGGUCCUACAUUAAAGCAGUAAAACACAACACAGUGAAAAUAUACACACACAGCUGCACUAGCACGCUCUGCUAAACUAAGUUAACCCUGCUCGCUUUCAUUCACGCGCCGUAACAGAGGAGUUUCCAAGGUUUUUCGCCGCCAUUUCGACAUGUUUAGUAGUGUUUGUGCAGUCCUCAGUAUAGUAUAGUACAGUAUAGUCCUCAGUAAACACAAUGACACAGCAGCCCGGGCACAGUGAGGGGGAACUACUGCUAUAACUACAGAACUUUACCACGGUACACUGCGGACAUGCCCGCAUGGUGUUGUUGCGUUUUCUUCUUCUUGCGGGUGGCGGGAGUCGAUUGGCAACUAGCUUCGAGGCGCAUUACUGCAUCUACCAUGUUGGAGUGUGGCCCUGAGUUACGAACAUGACACGGCAACCGGAUCGGUCUGAUCUUGUGGCGGGAGCCAAUAUUAUCUGAUCUUCAAAAUAGAGCGGCUCGGCAGCCGAUCUCAAUCCUCAAGAUCGGAUCGGAACAUCCCCAGUUCUUUGUCAUAAGGUGACAUAUUGAACUUCCACUGGCUGGCAGAAGCUUGCAACUUACAAAUGUACCUUUCUUUUGGGAAAAAAACAAAACAAAAAAACCCUAAAACUAAAACAUGGAUCACAUUUUACCAGUCCUGUGGUGCUAGUUUGAGAGGCUGGUCGAUGACUCUGUAUGGGACAGUGACGGAGAGUGUGUUGCCGCCAGGUUGGAUCUGGUCUUUGCGCCUCUGGAGAAGAACCUCAUUGUCGCGCUGGAUGCCUUGCUUCUUCUUCUCGUCUGACGUGAUGAGCCUGGUGGAUCCAAAGUUCCUACAUAAUUUUCUAUGGGGGUGCCAAUCCAAUUCCGAUAUAUUGAAUAUCGAAUAUAAUAGUUGACCUUGAUAUUGAGUAGAUAGCACAGAUCAUACAUACUUUUAUUACUUAAUUCAAUAGUGUGGAAUGUUACAAAAGGCUUGAUUAAGUGAUGUUCCCUAAACAGAAAAUAGUCAGCAUCAGGUAUGAGGAAAAACCGACCCAUUUACUUCUUGAAGCAUGUGGUGCAUAGUUUUAUCAAUAGUAAGCAUAGUGUAGCGAUGUUCGAGGUGCUCCAUUACGCAUUUAAACCCGACAUUAUUCACCACCAACAGGGGCUGGCUCUUUUCUCUUACAGCCAUUUGCCGUCCUGUGAAGGUUUCUCACACUUUGCAAAUGUUACAAACAGUGGUGGAUAUUUCAGGAAGCCGUGGUGUUGCGAAAAUCCUCCAAAUGCACGAUGAGAUGGGUCCUAUGAAGGCCCUGUCCACAUGGGAAUGCUUGUGAGAUUUUGUUUUUUUUUUUGGCGGGUUGAAAAAAUUUGCAUCUACAAUGUGCCGGAUUAGUAAAUACUUGCACCCAGGCUAGCACAAGCUGUUGUGAUCACGUGGGCUCUGCAUGCUGAAUGAAAGUGCUGCUGCUGAAUACUUGUAGAAGUGCUGGCACAGAGUCUGGAAUGGACUGCUUGUAUCAAAGUGCCAAUAUCAGAGAUUUUAGAUGCAGGCCGGUAUAGUAUGAUAUUGUUUUUUUUUUUUUUUUGGGGCUGAUAUUGAACCGAUAUCAGAUAUCAAUAUUGGUUCAGGAUACCCUUAAUUUUCUGACUCCUUAAAUCCUCAAAUUCAUAUCCUACACUCCACUGACAGCACUAAUGUGAAAGUGAAACUUACUUGAGAUCCUGCAGGAGAUCCUUAGCAUUCAGCAUCGUGAUGAGUGAGGUGGUGGCCGCUGGGAUGAUGAUGAUGGGCGUGCGAGAGCCUGUGAUGAGAAAUGCAAUUGUCAAAUGCAACAACUGUGAAAUUAAGACUCUUGUUCAGAUAAAAACCGCACUCACCAAACCAUAUCAAGUAGAAAUUAAACUAUGAAAAUUUCACAUGAUUGUUGUUAUGAAUUAUCAAUAUUAUCCCGAUAUUGUUCAAAUUUGUUGAAAAUAUGCCAUAUUGUUCUUCUGACUUUAUUUUCUUCUGUUACGUUUCAUAAGUAUAAUGCAAUUCCCUGUGCAUAAGAAUCAAAAUGCCCAAUUUUUAUUGAUUAAUUCUAAUGAUCGUCCUGCAACCUGUCAUUUAUAGAUGAAGAUGUGCUAAGCAGGUAAACAUGAUUAAAGAAAAUACAACCAAUUUCUCAGUCAUAGCUGACAAAACAAAUACUUCUAACAUUCAAAACUGAAACUUCUUCUAAAUAUUACAAUUUUUUCCCCUCUUUACCUUACUUCUUCAUUUCCCACCCCCAGACUUUGUGACACCCCUGAUCUAAAGCUUGCAAGCGAGAUGAUAUUUUUCCCUCAAUUGCACAUCACUGACAAUAUUUCACUGGAAGUCGUUUACCUUUUUUCUGGUUUGGUGGCGGUCUGGCUUGUGAAACUAAAAAAUAAACAAAACAGAUCUAUAUAUCAGUAUUUACAACCAGCAUAUGCUUUAUUAAAAGAUCUACAGUAUAGAGCACACAAACUAGAGCAUCAAUAUCAACCACUAACAUUUGAGUUGGGGUAAGGAGAAGUGAACACAGAGAUCUGAUGUGUUCAGUACAUCAGACGUACAACAACUAAUAAUACCAUGUGUAUUAUAUAAUGAUUUAAUACAAUGCAAUGCUGUUACAAUAGGUAAUGUAAUAUGAUACAUUAUUACAGUAUGUAGAUUAUGUUAUAUCACCUGGGCGAGGCACAGGCUGUAGUGCAGGGGUCUGGGCCUUUCUAGCAGAUGCUCCCUCCUGAAGAGAGAGAAAAUUGCAUCUUUUAUUGCAGGUUUGAAUUCUCAGACAACAGGCACAAAAAUAACAACAUAAUAAUCAUAAUAAUAACAACAUGGGCUACUGCUGUGGCCAUAAUCCACUCAACUCUGAACACAUGACGUCACUUCCUGUCCGCCACAAAUUUAAUGCAACAUACAUGAGCAUGAGUCUUAUUUAUGUCUUAAAUGGCUUAUUCUCUGAUUUUGUCAACUAUAUUGGGUAAUAAGAGUGUAAGGGUGAUUAUGAGGUGUUAGUUCAUGUCUAGAGGGCUCUAAUAAUGUUAACUCAUUCAAUCCCAUCCAUUUUUCAAAAUUCAACUGGCCAUUUUAGACAGUUUUGACUGUUUUUUCAAGGCACACAGAAUAUUGUGUUUUAUGGCUAUAUAAACUCCCGUCUUUCAUCAGAAAAAUACAAAGUUUGUUUCUACCGUUUCCCGUUCCCGUUCUUUAGUAAUCAGCAGUAGAACUUAGGGAAGUUUCAGGAAAUAUGAGUUCCCACCACAAAAAAAGGGGAAACAAAGCUUUUUGUGAAGAUACAUUUCAAGCAUAACUUUCUAAUCAACUAUACCACAACAUAAACACCAAAAAGGGCUGUUUUACUGUACAUCAAAAUAACAAUUUUUAUUCCAAAUAUUCUAUGAACUAUUUACAAUUUUCACAUUUGGAACUACAUUUCCCGAUAAUGCGGAACCUUCAGCGCGCUGCACUCCUCCACGCUCUCACUUCCUCCUUGCUGUCAAGCAACAUGGAAAAGAUCCAUACAGAGCUCUGAUCAAAUGCACCUCUGCCACCUUGUGGCUGUUUUAAUGGCUUAAAACAGCAUGAAACAUGACCUCUUUUAUUGUGGACUUGCGUCAUCACCUCUUUUUGCCUCUCGCACAAAAAAAUGUAAAAGACGUAAAAGUACGUCCUUGGGAAUGAAGGUUCAGGUAAAAAAAAAAAAAAAAAAAAAAAACUACACAGUGUUCUCUAUCGCGAUUGACAUUUCGCAGAUGCCUCUUUAAAAAAAAAUAAAAAAUUUGUGUGUGCAUCGUGGGAAGUUGAGUGUAUCUCUUGGAUGUAAAUACUUUACAUACUGUAUGUUGGCUAAACAGAAAGACACAUCAGAGGACGACGUCACGAUGCAAUACAUUUUAACAUAAGAAAGCAGACCGAAUGGAGAUGCAGCCAGGAUGGACUCCCGAGAAAAGUCACACCAAAUGAAACCGAGUCAAGAUGUUCGUGCACAACAAACAAGCCAGGAGAAGAAGUUCCAAGAGCAGCCCUGUUGAUCAAAGCUUCACAAAAGACUAGAUAAGGGCGGACAGAGGCUGAUGCGUUUGGAAAUAAACAAAUAAAUAGAAUAUAGUACACUCUUGUAUUUGGGGACUUGCAGUACACUGGUACUGCGUUUGGAAAUAAAUAAAUAAAAUAGACGUAAAAACAAGGAAUACAAAUAAAACAUUGUCCUCGCUGGGUUGAGGACUGUUUUUUUUUCCCCCUGCAAGACUUGAUCAACAUUAAAGCACACAUGGUGACGGUACGUCGACAUCCUUUCAACAUCCGAGGUAAUUUCUGUUUUUCUUAUAUAGUAUGUACUUUAAAGCUGACGUAAGUAUUAAAUGUCGAAAAUUACAUGAAAAAUGUAUGCUUUCAUUGCCUUUCAAUAAAUACAUCAAUCAUAAAAGGUACAAUACAUAAAGAAAUGAUAGUUUGAUAGUGAAAACUAGAGCUAGUUGAGGUGGCUCGGGCAUCUCUAGUUAGGAUACCUCCCGGACGCCUCCCUGGUGAGGUGCUCCGGCCAUGCCCAGCCGGGAGAAGGCCCCGGGGCAGACCUAGGACACGCUGGAGGGAUUAUGUCUCACAGCUGGCCUGGGAACGCCUUGGUGUCCUCACGGUGGAGCUGGAGGAGGUGGCCGGGGACCGGAAAGUCUGGGCUUCCCAACUGAGACUGCUGCACUCGCGACCCGGACCCGGAUAAGCGGAGGAAAAUGGAUGGAUGGAUAGUUAUUUUAAGUAUCACUUUAUCACACACAGGAUAAGAGUAUGUCUUUCCACAAUCAUUGAGAAGUUUUAUGACACGGCCUGCCUGUCAUAUGUUCAAACCGUCUGCAGGCUAAACUAUUGUAUUGAUCCACAAUUGAUAAGUCAUGGGGGUGAUAAGACAAUUUUCCUAAGGUUUGCUGUUUUUUUUAUGGCUACCUGUGGUAUAUCACCUUUAUCUGAUCUCAUGUAAAAAGUUUGUUUUAUCCCACGCCGUGGGAACCCCAAGGGGUCAAGCUGAUACCUCUGUUUUUUCAAAAAUAAUUGUAUUGGCUGGUUGGUGGGAGUGGCCUAGAUGGGGCAUUUCUACUUUGUUCUUGGAGAAACAAGGUUGGUGGAUGGACAGCUGACAGGCUAACAAACCCUCCUGCAUCAAUAGCACCUAAACUUCUAUCUGACCGUUCCUGCGAUGACUCUUCACUGACAACAUCCAGAAUUAGAGUCAGUCGCUGCCUCAAUGUCAGGUGGCAACAACAUUAAAGCCUACAUGCACCUUGCAACUGGAAUCUGAUGACAAAAGACAACAAGACAGCCACGCCAAUACAAAACAAGUGCUGCCAAAACCAUGCAAUGGAAAAGACGUCACUGCUUUUUGCACAUUGCCACCUUUGCCUUUCUCCUCUUUCUGCUGGCUGUACUGAACUUUCUAGUUCCUCACAUUUGGCAUCCAAGUUUCACUGAACUGUUAAGCUGGAGAGACAGUUCAGGGCUGCUCAAAGGAGAAGGACUUAAUGCAAACAAAUCAUCUGUUGAAAACAACACAAUCUCACCUGGGAAGCAAAACAUCUCCACUGAAGGUCAAACAGGGUUGGAAAACUUGAAUGCCAUUUCAAUGCAUGGUCUUUUCCCGUAUAUAAUCAAUGAACCUGACAAAUGUCAAAAGAGAAAAGCAGCACCAUUUCUGGUGUUUAUAAUAGCCACAGAAGCUUUGGACGUGGAAGCGAGGAGUGCAAUAAGGCAGACUUGGGCAAAUGAGAGUUUGGUGUCAGCCGUGGGAGUCAUCCGGCUAUUUCUGCUGGGGAAACGUGAAGGGCAGGGGGUGACUCAAAGGAUGCUCCAAGAAGAGAGUCGCACGUAUCAUGAUAUAAUUCAGCAGGAUUUUCUGGAUUCAUAUUACAACCUGACACUGAAGACCUUGAUGGGUCUGCACUGGGUGGCACGGUACUGCCCACAUGCAGCCUACGUUAUGAAGACAGACAGUGACAUGUUCAUCAACACAGAGUACCUUAUCGAGAAGCUGCUCAGACCAGGGUUGAAGACCAGGACAAACUAUUAUACAGGCAGAAUAAUGGAAAACAUGUCACCUAUUCGAGAUAAAAAGAACAAGUGGUACAUGUCUGAAGAGGAAUAUCAAAACCCUAAAUAUCCCACCUUCUGCUCUGGGACUGGUUACGUGCUCUCAGCAGACUUAGCUGACAAAAUUUACAGAAUAUCUACCAGGAUACACCGACUACACCUGGAGGACGUGUAUGUGGGAUUGUGCCUAAGCCAGCUCAGGGUGAAGCCCACCGAGCCACCCAGUAAGUCUCUGUUCCAUCACUGGCAUGUGCCUUUCACAGGCUGCAAGUAUACUCAUCUGAUAACAUCACACCAAAUUCCACCCAAGACAAUCCUCAAAUACUGGAAGACCCAUCAAAGUAACAAGGAAAAAUGCAAAAUUUUCUAAUACAUGAAAAGGAUGCCGUUGUAAAAUUGAACAGUUCAACAAAUUAAGCUUUACAGCGGUUUAAGACAACAUCUUUGACUGGUAUGUUACACAUGUUUUGUAUAGCUUUGAACGGAUCACACCAGACUUCAGGAGUCACAUAUAAAAGCUAAUCACAUCAGUUUUGAUCAGCUGUUAAUCACGUGGGCUACUUAUGUAUGUGCAGACAUUUGACAAUUGGGAGCUUUUAGGACACCGACUAGUCCACACUGAUUCUUGUGCCAAGUUCUCAAGACUAGAGCUGUCCUUUCUAGUUUGACUAGUGUUUGUCCCACCUAUAGUAGUCUUUGAGCAUGAACUGAUGAAGCCUGCUCGAAUGUCAGGCAAAAGGAAACCUGAACAGUCCAGUUGUGAUCGAUUCAGUGCCCUGAGAAUACAAUAAAAUUCCUGCAAAUUCAUGCAGAUUUCAUCCAUAUUUUUCAUUGAUUUAGGCAACAUAGGCAUGUUCUUAUUCUUUCUUGUGUUUUCUUUCUUUUCUUGGGAGAAUGAACAGAAUAAGAUUUUCAUGGCAUAGUAUAACUGCUGUUUUACCAUGCACAUGACAAUAAAACUCUCUUGAAUCCCUUGAAUCUUGUUUGUAAGAAUUCCUUCAAACACACAAACGUGUGAAUUUGAAUAUUUUUCAAAGCCACGUGCCUUAUAAAAUUUGAAAAAAUGUUGUAAACUACUGGUUCACGUUUCAAUAAAAAAAAUUAACUGCAAAAAAUUCCCGAGCCUUUAAUUGGUGUCUUGUCUUAAUUGUAUGCCUGAACUCAAAUUAAUCCAUCCAUCAAUUUUCUAUACCAUUUGCCCCACUAGGGUCAGAGGUAUGAUGGAGUCUACCCGGGUCACACUGUGGCGAGAGGCGGGGUAAACCCUGGACAGGUCGCCAUCCAUCCGUCCAUCCAUCCAUUUUUUAUGCCGCUUAUCCUCAUUAGGGUCACGGUUAUGUUGGAGCGUAUCCCAGCUGACAUCGGGUGAGAGGCGGGGUACACCCUGGACUGGUCGCCAGCCAAUCGCAGGGCACAGAUAGACAAACAAUCAUUAACUCUCACAUUCAUGCCUAUGGACAAGAGUCGCCAAUUAACCUAACAUGCAUGUUUGGAAUGUGGGAGGAAAACGGGAGUACCCGGAGAAAACCCAUGCACGCACCGGAGAACAUGCAAACUCCACACAGAGAUGCACAGAGACUCAAACCCAGAUCUCCUCGAUCUCCUGACUGUGUGGCAAACAUGCCAACCACUAGGCCACCUUGCGGUUGCCAGCCAAUGAAAUGAAAUACAUUUUGCACAAUAUUCGCCUGUAAAUGCAAAUUAUUAUCAAUCCAAUCCAAUCCAAUCCACUUUAUUUAUAUAGCACAUUUUAUAAACACUGUUUCCAAAGUGCUGCACAGACUAGCAAAACCAUAAAUAAUAAGUAAAUAAAGGAAUGUAAAUGUAAAUAAUAAAUAAAAAUUACGACAAUAAAAACUAAAAGAUCAAAUAGAAACAAAGAAACGUACAACAAUAAAAUAUUUAAAACAAGAAAUCGAAACAAUAAAAACCAAAAGUCCAAGAAGUAGGUAAAAAAUAAAUAAGUAAAUUCUGUCUGGUCUAAGUCUGGUCUUAGGCACCACCAGUUGGAGCUGGCCUUCGGACCUCAAAGUGCGCGCUGGAGUGUAAAUUUGGAUGAGGUCUGAGAUCUACUGAGGGGCCAGCCCAUUCAAAGCUUUAAAAACAAACAAUAAAAUCUUAAAAUCAAAUUCUAAAACGCACAGGUAACCAAUGCAGGGAAGCUAAAAUUGGGGUAAUAUGCUCCCUCUUUUUGGUUGCUGUUAAAAGCCGUGCUGCAGAGUUCUGGACUAACUGUAAGCGAGAGAGUAAUUUAUGGCUUAUUCCAGAGUAAAGGGCAUUACAGUAGUCCAGACGUGACGAGAUAAAAGCGUGCAUGGCUUGUUCGAAAUGUUGCAAUGAUAAAAAUUAUUUGACUUUUGAUAAAAGCCGAAGAUGAUAAAAACAAGAUUUUACAACGGCAUUGAUUUGUUUAGUAAGUUUAAAAUCACUAUCAAUGAUGACGCCAAGGCUGGUGGCUGUGGGACUGACAUGGUUUUUCAUGGGACCCAAGUCCAAGUGGGGGUCAUUAUUAUUAAGGAUGAUAACUUCUGUCUUCCCCUCAUUGAGCUUUAAAAAAUUUUGAGCCAACCAGACCUUGACGUCACUAAAGCACUCAAGAAGGGGAGUCAGGGGGGCAUGGUCAUUUCUUGUAAUUGGUAAAUAGAUCUGGCAGUCAUCUGCAUAAAAGUGAUAGGAGAUGCCAUGCUUUCUAAAAAUUGUGCUAAGUGGGAUUAGGUACAGAACAAAUAGGAAUCAGCCAAAACCCUGAACAGGAAAGUGGCAUAGCAAAUGAAAAAAUGAAUUCAGUUUGAAUGUGAUGGUCAAAACAUCUUGGUCCCACACUUCAUACAGUGCCUAUGUUGACAUGUCAGAGCAGUGCAGAAAACAGUGUGCAUGAUCUGCAAUGUUUAUAUGAUGUUAAAAGCAAACUUUUGCCCAUCAUCCACAAUCCUUAUGUGAGGUAUGAACACACAUCUUUUCUGUGUGUUAUAAAGACAUAAAAACAGCUAAAAAGAGCCAGCUAAGAAAGCACAUAAUGGGACGCAACUAUUCUGCCUGUAAAGCCUUCUAAAAAAAACAUCCAACAACUGCCAACAACGCUCCAUUUAUAUAAUGCGACCUGCAUAUUAACCAAGCUACAGCGACAUUAUUCUUAUUACUAUUAUUAUUAGGGAUGUCUGAUAAUAUCGGCCCAGUUUUGGCAUAACAAUGUAUUGUUUUUUCCCUAUAAUCAAAACAGAUAUAUAAAUUAAAAAAAAACUGCUGUAUACGGGCCUAUGGGCUCCUGUACAACGGAACCGCUGCGCAAAUGAGGACCUCAUCAAACCGCGUUGUGAAGCUUGUCAAGCCUUGGUGGCUGCAGUAACAAACUUGCUCGCUCUGUGCCUGACUAACGUUGUCUGUGGUUUGGAAUUAUUUCCAUGUGUCUCCUUCAGAUAUUAAACUUGCAAAUUUCAAUGCGUUGGUUAUGCAAGGCAGAACAAAGACUUUUUCCACCAAUACUUCCAAUGCCCAGGGCGAAAGCCAUCAGUCGGAAAAUGUGUGAGCAUGAUUAUGUGUUAUUAUAUUUCCCCAUUCACUUUAAUUGCUCACGGGUCCAUAAAGGGCCACCACUGGGUUCAGAUCCGGACCGAGGUCCACCAUUUGGUGAUGGCUUUGUGUUUAUUCCACGACAGGAGAUACAGUACACACGUGGACAAAGUUGUUGACCAUUGUGAGUUUUUCUUUCAUUGAACAAAGGGUACCAACAAUUUUGUCCACGUGUAUGUGAUGAUACACAUUAUUGGUAGAUAUCGGACUCGAAAAUUACGAGUUGGACAAUAUCGGCAUAUCGGCCAAAAAAUCCACUUUCUGACAUCCCUAAUUAUUAUUGUUAUUAACAUUGUUACUUACUGGCGUAGCGACACCUUGCCAGACCACACCGGCGCGCUACUAGCUUCACCACACACACUCGCUUACAACGCCUCAGGCCACUACUGAAAGGUAACACUAGAUAUUAGUGCUGCUGCCACUGCUGCUGUGUUUUUGCUGUUGAGUUUGUAAACGUUAAUGCUCGGUGUAGGCAUUCCUUUCUAUCCUGCUGUGUGAAAUCAACCUGGGAAGGAAGUUCCGGUGAUGCUUAAAAUGAACAAAUUAUUGCAAAAAGUAUAAGAUGUUAUCAUGAGUGUGCCUAUUACUGCAUGGUCACAGCAUGUAUAUAAAACGUUGGAGGUUUUUCGAGGUGUUUUAUUGUAGGCUUUGUAGGCGGAAGAGGUGCGUCUCAUUACGUGCAUUAAUUAGCUGGCUCUUUACAGCCGAUUUUAUAUCUUUACAAAAAAAGAGAAAGAUGAAUGUUCAUGCCACACAUAAGGAUUGUGGAUGGACAAAAUUCCAAAAAAAGACAAAACUGUUUUCCUUUAAAAAAGUGGAUCUUUGUGCUUACCGUCACUGAUUUUAGAGUCAUGCCGUGGUAGGUACCCAUGGUAUCGAUCUUGAAUCCCUCAGUUUCUAAAAAAACAAAAACAAACACAUACAUUGUGAUAUUCAUAAAAAUAAAUCCAUACCUAAUAUUAUUAAUACCUUAAUUCAUAUUCAUUUUAAAAAGGCCUCUCAGUGUACACUACAGAGGUGAGAAUUACUAUCUAGGUAUACCACAGAAAAGUGAAAGUACAUGUAAAAAUAAAAGACAGCAUUGGCUGUCCCUGACAAACUGUCCCUGUGUAACUAUGCAGGGUGUGUAUCUGACAACCGAUCCAAAUGCCAUUGUGUUUUGUUAAUGCACGCGUCACUUAAACACUUAAUGUUGACAAAAGGUUCAUAACCACUUAUUGCAUGACAAUGUCCCUGUGCACAUACAUACCUGUGCGCAAAGUAUACUUUGGUUACUUGUGUAACUGCCUGCAUAAAAACACCAUAAAUAACAAUGCAAUGGCCCGAUUUGAAAAACUGUCAUGGAUAAUUUGAGACUUUUCUGAUUAGCAGACAUCACUAAUUGCUCAAUGGUUCAACACACGCACACACAGUCCAUUAAAACAGGUCCUGGUGCCCAAGUGACAGGAGCAACAACACAACUCACCCUCUUUUCCUUUGAAUCUCUCCUGAUCGUAUCUGUUGUAAGCAGCUGGCACAGGCUGCUUGUUCCGUAGGGAUGGGUCCUGGAAAAUAUCAAAGAUUGUUGGUUAUAGUAACAUAAUAUUAAAAUAAUCAAUACUUGUUCACAAAGACAGAAGUGGUAUUUGGCAGUACGCCACACCCUCUGCCACCAACAGUAAUUUUUCAGAGCUAGUGAAAUUAAUAUUUAGUAAAUAUUCAAACAUACUAAAGUGAGGCUUUAUGAGGGGAUAAACUCACUAAUCACUUUCAGUGAAACCAAAUGCAAUUGAAAAAGAAUAGAUUGACACGUUUAGUGCAGUGAUUCUCAACUGGUGGGUCUAUUUUCAGUGGACUGCCAGUCUUUGCCUGGGCAAAAAAAAGAAAAAAAAAAUCUACAAAAAUAGUGGAAUGACCCUAUGUCCCAUAAAUGCACCUCACAUUCUUGCCUGUGCUGUUCGCUUGCUACGCAUCAGAAACGUGGCAUGCACAUUUGCGUGCCAUGUUUCUGGGUGUUUGUCACACUUGAGGAGGGGGAAGGGCAUUGAGUGAGGACUUUACGUGCUGCCCGUGGCUCAGGUGCCAUGAGCAGGAGAGCGACACCAUCUCACCGCUACAGCUCAAGUUGCGUUGGGGGAAUUCCAUCGACAAUGAAGGGAAAGUGAACCGGGUGGUGUUUCAUGCCCAUUUCUAAAUAUCGGCACUGGCAAGGCAGGGGGAUUAUUAUUAAUUUUACCUACAAAGUAGGCAUGGACCUGAGAUUCUGAUGGUAUGACGGCAAAAAUAUCGCAGCGUGACUGUUUCACGGUAUUGUAAUUACAGCUCUAAAAUGUGUUACUUUGAAAUCUCUUCAUUGAAAAGAGAAAAAAAUCAAGUCAAAACAGUCAUUUUAAAACCAUAUA